AUGCCGAGGGAAAGCAAGUCUAGCGCUGGUUCCUCCCGCCGCGGCAUUCCUAAAACGUCCGUCACCGUGGCGACAAAGUUGGAAAUCUUGAAGAAGUUUAACGAAGGGCUAAGUGUCAAGACAAUAAUGGUGCAGUACGGACUUGGAAAGUCAACCGUGUACGACAUAAAGUACGCCAAGGAAAAGAUUUUAAAGUUUGCUGAGGAACAGGAUUCAGACGUUACAGUGAGAAAGCGAACGAGGAUGGAUCCUGCCAAGUUUAAGGACAUCGAGGACGCCACGUUCAAGUGGUACAAACAGCAAAGUGCCGCCGGCGUCACUGUUCGGGGCACUGAAUUGCAGCAGGCGGCAAAACGCUUUGCGCAGAUUCUCGAGAAGGAAAACUUUGUCGCUUCGAGCGGGUGGCUCCACCGUUUCAAGAUACGCCACGGCCUGCACAACAACAAGUUGACUGGAGAAGCCACGAGCACUGACAUAGGCGCGGUCGGUCCGUUCAAGGAGAAGCUCAAAGGCAUCAUCUUCAGGGAGAACCUGUCCAAAAGUCAGCUCUACAACGCGGAGGAGUCGGGCCUCUUUUGGAAGCUGCUUCCGUCCAACACUCGGGCGAGUCGAUCCGAAGGCCACAACGUGGGCAGAAGAGUGAGCAAGGAAAGAAUGAGUGUUCUCUUCUGUGCCAAUGCAGACGGUACCCACCGUAUCCCCGUGGCCGUGGUUAAGAAAUCGCAGCAGUCUCGAGUGUUGAGGGACUGUAUGAGUUCCUUGCCCGUUACCUAUUAUGCGAGUGCGUCAGCCUGGUUUACGGCUGACAUUUUCCACCGGUGGUUCCACGAUGUUUUCGUGCCAGCUGUCCUCAAAUUCCAGAGGGAGGCUUCGGUGUCCGAGCCGGACGUCAGGGCUCUGCUGAUCCUGGAUAACACUCCAGCUCAUCCCUCGGACGAGAAACUGACCAGCAAAUGUGGCCGCAUCCGUGUCAUCUUCCUCCCUCCCAACACCGCUGGCCUCAUCCAGCCCAUGGACCAGGGAGUCAUUGAAGUGACCAAGAGGCGAUACAAACGCAAGUUGAUGGAGUCCUGCCUGGCAAUUGACGAAGGUGAUGAUGAAGAGGCUGAUACCAGGACAGAGAGGACGUUUGCCAACUACAGGUCGUACAACAUUAAUAACGCCAUAUUUAACAUCGCCAAUAGCUGGAAGGAGAUGCCUUCGAGCGCUCUCGCCAACUCCUGGAGGAAGGUUUUGCUGGAGGACAGAGCUGUAGCAUCAGUGGAGGACGACCUGUUUCAGUCUCUGAAACCCAUUGACUUCCUGGGCUUCCUCAAGAUGGCGGGGGAGAAGGGCGUGGCCCUGGGAGAUGUGGAGGAGUGGCUUAGCUCUGACCUCGACGACAUGGGCUACAGGCAGCAAACGGAGGAGGAGAUCGCGGAGGAGGCAAUCAACGAAACGCAGGAGGAGGAAGAGGUGAAGAUCAAGCUGAGCGAGGCGAGGAAGGCCGCAGACUUGCUGGUCUCCUUCUUUGACACCGAAGCCGGGCAGGACGUGUUCCACAACUUUGGUGACUACGCCUUCAUGCAGUGCAUCCGGAAUCGGAUUAUCCAACGACAGUGGUCGAAGAUAAAGCACUUGAGCAAGACCAAAAUCGGCAACUUUUUCAAGCCUCUCAGCCAUUCGUCGGCACAAGAACUCCGGCCAACGACAAGGGUUGCCUCCUCCCAGACGCAACCAAAAUGGCCGAAAGGAAAAAGAAGCCGCUUGAGCGACUCAUAG